CCGGCCCCGCCUGCGCCGGGGUCGCUGCAGUCCCCGCGGCUGCCCCGGGCUCUCUCCCCAGGCGCCCCGGCUUGAUUGCAGCCGGGGGAGCGCCUCGGGGGGAGCGCGGGACAGCGAGGGAGGCCGAGGCGGGGGCCCUGGGUGCCCCAGCUCUCCAACCUGGGAGGCGGCCCCGACACCGGGAGCCGGAACGCAGGGAAAGGCAAGGACGGGGCGGCCGGCGGAGGGGCGGGCGCCGCUCAUCAGCCACGCCAGUCACGUCUGGGGCCACCCGGCUGCCUUCUUCUUCCUUUCCCCCUUUGCUGUCUCCCCCCUCCCCUGUUGGCGAGGGCAAAGUGGCCGUGGCGGCGCCAUGCCCGGGCCGGAGUGAGUGCGCGCGGGCGAAAAUGGCGUACAUCCAGGACAGUUGGAACCUUUAAAUGAGGGUUUUCUUUCUAGAAUCUCCGAUCUGCUGCUGUGCAGGUGCACUUGCCGGCACUGCUGUGAGAAAUGCUGUGCGUCCAGCUGCUGCCAGUCGAGCGAGGAUGAAGUUGAAAUUCUGGGACCUUUCCCUGCCCAGACCCCUCCCUGGCUGAUGGCUAGCCGGAGCAGUGACAAGGACGGGGACUCCGUCCACACAGCCAGCGAAGUCCCGCUGACCCCACGGACCAGCUCCCCAGAUCGGAGAUGCUCGUCCUCAGACACAUCCAAGUCCACGUACAGCCUGACCCGGAGGAUUUCAAGUCUUGAGUCCAGACGACCCAGCUCCCCGCUCAUUGAUAUCAAACCCAUCGAGUUUGGCGUUCUCAGCGCCAAGAAGGAGCCCAUCCAGCCCUCGGUGCUCCGACGGACCUACGCCCCGGACGAUUAUUUCAGCAAGUUCGAGCCCCGGCUCUACUCCCUGGACUCCAACAGCGACGACGUGGACUUUCUGACGGACGAGGAGAUCCUGUCCAAGUACCAGCUGGGCAUGCUGCACUUCAGCACCCAGUACGACCUGCUGCACAACCACCUGACCGUGAGGGUCAUCGAGGCCCGGGACCUGCCGCCCCCCCUCUCCCACGACGGCGCGCGCCAGGACAUGGCGCACUCCAACCCCUACGUCAAGAUCUGCCUCCUGCCGGACCAGAAGAACUCCAAGCAGACGGGGGUCAAACGCAAGACCCAGAAGCCCGUCUUCGAGGAGCGCUACACCUUCGAGAUCCCCUUCCUGGAAGCGCAGAGGAGAACCCUGCUCCUGACCGUGGUGGAUUUUGAUAAGUUCUCGCGCCACUGCGUCAUUGGGAAGGUGGCCGUGCCUCUGUGCGAGGUUGACCUGGUGAAAGGCGGGCACUGGUGGAAGGCGCUGAUCCCCAGUUCUCAGAAUGAAGUAGAGCUGGGGGAGCUGCUUCUGUCGCUGAAUUAUCUCCCAAGUGCUGGGAGACUGAAUGUCGAUGUUAUUCGAGCCAAGCAACUUCUUCAGACAGACGUGAGCCAAGGUUCAGACCCCUUUGUGAAAAUCCAACUGGUACAUGGACUCAAGCUUGUGAAAACAAAGAAGACAUCCUUCUUAAGAGGCACAAUUGAUCCUUUCUACAAUGAAUCGUUCAGCUUCAAAGUUCCCCAAGAAGAACUGGAAAAUGCCAGCCUUGUGUUUACAGUGUUCGGCCACAACAUGAAAAGCAGCAACGACUUCAUCGGAAGGAUCGUCAUCGGCCAGUACUCCUCGGGCCCCUCCGAAUCCAACCACUGGCGGCGGAUGCUCAACACCCACCGCACGGCCGUGGAGCAGUGGCACAGCCUGAGGUCCCGGGCCGAGUGUGACCGCGUGUCUCCUGCCUCGCUGGAGGUGACCUGAGGGCUGCGGGGAAGGCAGCUUUCACCUGUGAAAAAAAAAGGAAGAAAAUUUGAGACAGAAAAAAUGUGUCACAUACCUAUUGCAUCCACACCUGCGUGCACACACACACAACACACACAGACAGACACACACACACCACGCCAAAUCCUCUCAGAACUGAGAGGAAGCUGACUACUGAUCACAAAAUGGCCGCCCUCAAUGAGUGAGGCCUCAGAACUUUCUGGAAGCCCCAUCCAUGUGUCACAAGCUGAGUGGGCUCUGCUGUGAGACUUAUUGGCAGUGCUUGCUCUUGUUGGUACCCCUGCCCCAAAAUGCACUUUCAACCCUCAGGCCAGAGGAAGGGCCUCCCUCAGGGCGCCGACCUCCAUCGAGACGAAAUUUUCAAAGAAGUUGGCCAGUGUGUGGGAGGCCCGACCCCCACGCCCAAAACGCACACCCACUGGGUGUCUUCUGAACGGGCUGCUGUUCCCAGGGGUUCUUCAAACCUGAUACCUUUCCCCAAAAGUGUAAGUACUUUGUCUUCUCUUUAGUGGACGUGAUAAAUAGGUUAGACCAUUUGGAAAAACCAAAUGGCAACAAAAAAUAUUCCAGUGUAGGAAACUUCCCUGGCUUAACUGAGUUUGUCCUUGUGUUAGCUUAUUCCUGGGGACCCCAUGUGGGUACGUAUGUGGAUGUUCUCGUGCGUGUGCCCUCACAGGUGAACACGUGUGUGCCUGUGUGUCCUUUUGGCGAUCAAGGCGGUGGGCCGGGACCUCAACCCUGACCGCUGCCUUUUCUCUGCCUCUCUCAUCAGUGAGAUUUCACUGUGUCCUCCUGUCUGUCAGGACCCCACCUUCAGUAACAGUAGCGUGUCCGUAUGUCAAAUAAAUAGAAUAUAAUAGAGCAAAAGUAACAUUUUUUGACUGAAUCAUGGUGAUUGUGACU